AUGGCCCCGGUGCUGCCGCGCCGCCUGGGGAAGCGCUCCCUGCUGGGCGCCCGCCUUCCGGAACCUUCCGCGCUCCCGCCCGGCUCCCCCGGAGCCCCCGGCCCCGGAUCCCUGCGGGGGCAGCCACAGGUGCUCCGGAGCCCCCUGGAGGAGCAGAUCCCGGCGUUCCCGGCGUUCCCGGCGUUCCCGGCGCGCUGGGGGGAGCGGGAGCCACCCCAGGCCCCGCCCGGCUCCGGCGUUCCCGGCAGAUCCAGGUCCUGCAGCAUCGACGUUCCCAAAAGGAGGCCGGAGGCGGCCGUGGAGAUGGACGAGAUGGUGGCGGCGCUGGUGCUGACCAGCCUGUCCUGCAGCCCCGCCCUGCGGCCCCGCAGCCCCCCCUCGCAGGUGGCCGGUGACCCCUGGAGGGACAGCGGGGACAUCUCGGACAGCAGCAGCAGCAGCAGCGGCCACUGGAGCAGCGCUGGCAGUGCCACCGCGUCCCCUCCCCGCUGUCCCAGCAGUGUCACCCCCUCCCCUCCUUACUACCCUGACGCUGCCACCCUGUCCCCUCCUCACCGUGGUGGCAGUGCCACCCUGUCCCCUCCUCACCGUGCCCGGCCCCGACCAGCCCGGCCUGAGCCACUCGGCCCCGCCCGGCUCCUUCUGGCACAUCCAGGCCGACCACGCCUACCAGGCCCUGCCCUCCAUCCAGAUCCCGGUGUCCCCCCACAUCUUCACCAGCAUCAGCUGGGCCACUGCCACCUGCCCCCUGCCACCGGCUCGAAGCCGCUCCCUCAGCCUCAGCGACCCUCAGCCCCCUCAGCCGCCGCCAUUGCUGCAGCCCCAGCUCCUCGUGGCCUCCCCGCCCCGCGCCUCCCUCGCCGCCAGAAAAAUCCGCAGCGAGGCCAAGAAAUGCCGCAAGGUUUACGGCAUCGAGCACCGGGAGCAGUGGUGCACGGCGUGCCGCUGGAAAAAGGCCUGCCAGCGCUUCCUGGACUGAAUUCCCACCCCAUAUUCCCCUUUUCCCACCUCAAAUUCCCUCAGAAAUUUAAGAAUUCCCUCAGGAAUUUGGGAAUCUCUCAUUGCUGCAAGGAGGGACUGAAUUUUGCCUCCAUAUUUCCCUUUUCCCACCUGGAAUUCCCUCAGAAAUCUGAGAAUUCCCUCAGAAAUCCAAGAAUUCCCUCAGGAACUUGGGAAUCUCCCCAUUGCUGCGAGCGGGGACUGAAUUUCGCUGCCAUAUUCCCCUUUUCCCACCUGAAUUCCCUCAGGAACUUGGGA